GGUCGCCAUUUUGUUACAACACGAGGAGAAAGUAUUAGUUUGUGGCAAAACAGGUGYAUCUGAAGCCCCGUUAGRGAGUGAUUUUAUUAUUUACAUCAAUUUUAAAGUUAGAUGUGCUGGUUUUAGACAAUGAGGCGGUGUAAUUACGAUAUUCUUGGGGUAGAAAGAGAUGCUACCGAUGACGAAAUCAAGAAAGCUUACCGAAAACUUGCCUUGAAAUGGCAUCCCGAUAAAAACCCUGACAAUAUCGAAGAAUGUACCAAGACUUUUACAGAAAUACUUCAAGCUUACGAGGUGRUAUCAGACCCACAGGAACGAGCUUUUUACGACAAACAUCGGGAGCAAAUUUUACGCGGAGGCGAUGACUAUGUUGACGAUAGUAUCAACCUCGUGGCUUAUUUCAGCUCUUCCGCUUAUACAGGUUUUAGUGACGAUGAAAAUGGAUUUUACGGAGUUUACUCCCAUGUAUUUUCCACCAUAGCUGAAGAAGACGCCGAGUUUGUYUCAAUCAGUGAAGAUUUUCUUGCCGAAGUGCCGUCAUUCGGUAAAAGUGAUAGUGAAUACGAGGGCAGUGUUGAGUAUUUCUAUGCAUUCUGGCAAAGCUACUGCACUAAGAAAACAUACUCYUGGUGUAAUAAAUACGACAUUAUGCAGGCACCUAACAGAAGGACUCUCAGASUWAUGGAAAAGGAGAACAAGAAAAUCAGAGAUGCCAUGAAGAAAGAAAGAAACGAAGAAGUCAGAGCUCUCGUMGGUUUUGUGAAGAAAAGAGACAAGCGAGUGAAGCUUUACAUGGAGCGUUUGAAAGUGAAAGAYGAAGAAAGGAAGAAGAUCUCAGAACAAAAGAAACUCGAGGCAAAGAGAGAGCGGGAAAAAAUGUUUCAAGAGUACGAGUCUCAGCAGUGGCAUUCCAUGUCAGGURUAGAGCAGGACUUGGCKGAUAUGGACACUCACUUGGAUAGUGAAUUCGGCAAGGACAAUGACGUCAUAGGUGACCAAUAUGAUGACGAAGACGUUUACGUCGAGCAGUUUUAUUGCGUUGCGUGUGACAAACCAUUCAAAUCUGACAAGGCGUUAAUUAACCACGAGAAAUCGAAGAAACACAAGGAAAGAGURGAACUUCUUAAAAUAGAACUSGGUGCGGAGGACAUGGAWGACGGACUAACGGAAAAUUAUCAAUAUAAGGACGAGAAUGAUACGGAACAGGCAUUUUUAGAAGCGAGGAGAAGAAGUAUGGACGAACAAGGCACUAUGYUAGGAGAAGCAACCAAUGUUCAAGUAAAACGAAGUAAUUCGCUAGAAUCAGAGAAGCAAGAUUUUGUGAGUGUUGGAGAACUAGAUUUAACCGACUCAAUCGAUUUGAUUGAACUUAAAAUCAAGACAACUGGAAAAUUUAAACUGAAGGAAAAGCAGAAAGGUCGAAAGCUMUCAAGAAUACGGGAAUCUGACGAAUCGCACUCGGACAGCAGUAGCUCWGGCCGUGGAAGCCCAGAUACAGAUGGGGUGAGAAAAGUGUCACUUCAGCGACAAGAAAGAUUUGAAGAAAAUACACCAGACAAUGGCUCAGAAUCUAAUCAAGAAGGCUUUACCAAACAGAAUAUUGAAGAAACAGACAGCACUAUUGGCAAAACUGAAGAUACACCUAUAAACGAUGACGAAGGAAAUAUCAAGAAUGACUCCCAAAAUGGCCUGCCUGCCGAGAAUCCUUCGAAAUCAUCGGAAUCAAACAGCGCAAAUAACAAACAAAGUGAUGKCAAAGAACGAAGCUCUUCAAACRACGCUUGCAAUGUUUGUAAAGAAGUUUUCGAAACUCGCAACAAACUAUUUGAACACAUUAAAGCCGAGGGACAUGCUUUAAACACCAGUGAACAAUCUACAACYAAGCAAGGUCGAAAGAAGAAAGGAAAGAAAAAACGCUAAGAUUCUAAGCUUAUGAAUAAUUAUCUCUAAUUGAUAUUUAAUAAGAUACAAAAAAAAACCCGGCUAAACAGAGACUUACUAUAGCUUUACAAACAAAUGUUUUUAUUUUUUAUAUACGCUGUAUARGAAAUGACAAAUAAUAAGUCAAGUUUUAUUUAAUUUACCAAGAGUCUUUCUGAUAUUUCGAGAAAAUGCUACACAUUAUAUUGGAUUUAAUUCCAUGUUUGAUUCAAUGAAGUGGAAAGAGUGACAAUACUCUGUGUUCGCUUUGUAAUGACAUCGACUUUACAUAAAAUGAAAUGUUUUGAGUUUUUUAUGAAAAUAAAUGACUUUUAGUUUGA